AUGGCGUCAGCAAAGCCCUUGGCAAUGAUGUGGGAGGAGGUCACAUGCCCCAUCUGCCUGGAUCCCACAGUGGAGCCUGUGAGCAUCGAAUGCGGCCACAGCUUCUGCCGUGAAUGCAUCUCUCAGGUCGCCAGCGGUGGGGGCGGCGCCUGUCCUGUGUGCAGGCAGCCAUUCCUGCUCAGGAACUUCCGGCCCAAUCUCCAGCUAGCCAAUAUGGUGGACAACCUGAGACAGAUCAGCCAAAACGCCAAGGAGGGCACACAGGAGGAGCAAUGCAGGGUGCAUGGAGAGAAACUUCUCCUGUUCUGUGAGAGAGAUGAGAAGGCUCUUUGCCUGGUGUGCUCCCAGUCUCGGAAACACCGAGACCACCCGGUGGUUCCGCUUGAGGAGGUUGCCCGGGAGUACCAGGAGAAGCUCCAGGUGGCGUUAAAGAAACUGAGAAGAGAGCAAGAAUUGGCUGAGAAGUUGGAAAUGGAUGUCGAAACCAAGAGAGCAGCCUGGAAGGAGAAGGUUAAGACACACAAACUGAGGAUUCAGGCAGAGUUUGAGCAGCAGAAAAACUUCCUGGCUGAAGAGAAACAGAGGCAACUGCAGAAGCUAGAGAAGGAAGAGAGGGAACAGCUGAGAAUCCUGGGGGAGACGGAGGAAAGGCUGGCCCAGCGCUGCCAGGCCCUGCAGGAGCUGAUCUCAGAGCUGGAGAGGAGAAGCCGGGGCUCAGAUCUGGAGCUGCUGCAGGAGGUGAAAAGUGUCCUGGAAAGGAGUGAAUCCUAUAAACUAGAAGAGGUGGACAUCACCUCCCCAGACCUGAGGAGUGUGUGCCUUGUGCCGGGGCUGAAGAGUAUGCUGAGGAUGUGUGGAGUACACGUCACUCUGGAUCCACACACAGCCAAUCCGUGGCUUAUCAUUUCAGAGGACAAGAGACAAGUAAGGCUUGGAGACACCCAACAGAAGGUGCCUGAAAAUGAGGAGAGAUUUGAUACUUAUCCUAUGGUCCUGGGUACCCAGUGCUUCGACUCUGGAAAACGUUACUGGGAGGUAGAUGUGACGGGAAAGGAAGUCUGGGACUUGGGCGUCUGUAGAGACUCUGUGCAGAGAAAGGGGCAUUUUACACUCAGCCCCACGAAUGGCUUCUGGACAAUUUGGCUGUGGAAGAAACAAGGCUAUGAGGCUGGCACCUGCCCGCAGACUCCACUCCACCUUUCGGUGCAUCCACGCCAAAUUGGGAUCUUCCUGGACUAUGAGGCCCGUACUGUCUCCUUCUACAACAUCACUGACCAUGGCUCCCUCAUCUACACCUUCUCAGAAUGUGCCUUCACUGGGCCCCUACGGCCUUUCUUCAAUCCUGGUUUCAAUGAUGAUGGAAGAAACUCAGCCCCUCUGACCCUCUGUCCUCUGAGGAUGGGAUGA